UCCGACUCGCUCCCCAACUUCGGAUCUAAGCCGUUGGCUCUGGCACCGAGAAACACAAUUGGAGAAGAUCUCAGCCGUCCAUCCGUUGCCACGCGGAGGGUCCAACCUCGCUAGGAGAGGCCUAUAAAUAAGGCUCUAUUCGCUGACGGUUGGCAGUUUGGUUCUCUUGUCAACGGGAUCGGGGCUUUUGGGUUCGAAGCUUUUUCGAGAGGGAGAAGCCGAGAGAGAUGGCUCGUACCAAGCAAACUGCUCGCAAGUCUACUGGUGGGAAGGCUCCUAGGAAGCAGCUUGCCACCAAGGCUGCUCGCAAGUCUGCCCCCACAACUGGUGGAGUGAAGAAGCCUCACCGUUACAGGCCUGGGACUGUUGCUCUUCGUGAGAUUCGCAAGUACCAGAAGAGCACAGAGCUUCUGAUUAGGAAGUUGCCAUUCCAGAGGCUUGUCAGGGAAAUUGCCCAGGACUUCAAGACUGAUCUGCGGUUCCAGAGCCAUGCUGUGCUUGCCCUGCAGGAAGCAGCUGAGGCAUACCUUGUCGGUCUGUUUGAGGACACCAAUCUGUGUGCCAUCCAUGCCAAGCGUGUGACCAUUAUGCCCAAGGACAUUCAGCUGGCUCGGAGGAUCAGGGGUGAAAGGGCUUAAUUAAGAUGGCUCCAGUUAUGGAAUUCAAACAUUGUGACAUCUGCAAUCUAUAUUUCUAGCUUUUAGUAGUGACUGUGGGACCAUUGUAUUUGUUUAUCUGUUCAGUGUUUCCAUGGAACAAAAACAAGCAAUUCUAGUUUAAGUAGUAUCUAGGACAAUGUUGGUUGCUGCUCUGGUCUUUUAUGUUGCCUGAAAAUGGUGUCCUGUGAUUGGUGACCUAUAAUUUGUCGUUAGAUCAUCCAAUUGACUCAUGGAUGUGUAUCUAAAUGUCUUUAAUUUAUCUGGUCUGUGUUAGUAAAGGAUAAGUCUUGGAUGCU